GACCGGUGUCGUGAAUACACGUUUUAUUAUCACUGUUACACUCUGCCACUGCCGCCCGACUUUCACUCCCUGGAACAGAGAUAACCAGAUCCAAGGAUAUAGGCAUGGGCAGAAUCAUCGACAGCACCGGAACCCAGGACCUCUCUGCGCUAGAGAAGGAAAAGGUGGGCUCGCUACACACCGAGUAUGCGGCUCUCCCUCCGGCCAUCGACCCCAAGCGCGAGCGUCAGGUGGUGCGCAAGCUCGACAUCUUCAUCGCGCCAAUCGUGGUGCUGGUCGAACUGGUCAGCAACCUCGACCGCGGUAACAUUGGUUUUGCAGCCACCCAGGGCAUGGCCAAGGACUUGCAUCUCGUGGGCAACCAGUUCAACAUCGCCGUCAGCAUUCUAUUCGUCACCUACAUCACUUUCGAGUUCCCCGCCGCGCUAUUCGUCAAGUGGAUCGGCUUCCAGCGAGUGAUCCCCAUCUGCGCGCUCAUCUGGGGCACUGUCUGCUUGUGCACUGGCUUCGUUCAGUCAUUUGGCUCCCUCGUUGCUGUCCGCCUACUACUGGGGGCAGCCGAGGGCUGCAUCUUCCCCAGUCUGAGUCUGCUGCUCCUGAACUGGUACAAGCGCGAGGAGCUUGUGACUCGGAUCACCUUCAUCUGGGGUGGAGCCGCCUUGAGUGCUGCCUUUGGAGGAUUGAUCGCGUUUGGAGUGUUGCAGAUGGAUGGUGUUGCCGGGUAUCGCGGAUGGCGUUGGCUUUACAUUAUAGAGGGUCUCAUCACCAUUGUACUCGCCGCCGCCUGCUUUUUCCUGAUCCCCAAAAACUACGAGACCGCCUACUUCCUCAACGACGACGACAAGCAGGUCAUGCGCAUUCGCGCUGAGCAAGCCGAGGCUUACUCAGGUGGCGAUGGCCACUUCAAGUUCUCGGAGCUCAAGCUCGCUCUGUCCGAUGUCAAGGUCUGGUGCAACGCGAUAUGCCAGCUGGCCUGUACCACCAUCACCUACGGCUUCGGCACCUUCCUGCCCCUCAUCAUCCAGGAGAGCUUCCACUACUCCGUCUCGCAGGCGCAGUACCUGACCAUCCCCGUCAACCUCUGGGGCGCUAUUAUCUACAUCUGCGUGGCGCUACUCGCGGAUAAGCAUAGCAAUCGCUUCUUGCCCCUGGUCAGCUUCGCACCGUUGAUGGUGUGCGGUUACGCUGUCCUGCUCUCGCCCGUCUCCUCAGGCGCCAAGUACGGCGCAACCUACCUCAUCAGCACUGGCAUCUAUAUCUGCGCAGGUAUCAACUUUGCCUGGCUCACAGCUAACUCGGCACCGGAUGGCAAGAGAGCUGCCAGUGUGGGUAUCCAACAGAGUGUGACACAGCUUGCUGGUGUUGUCAGUGGCCAGAUCUACAGCAGCACUUCUGCACCCAAGUAUCGGCUGGGACAUAGUUGGAGCCUCGGCUGUGCUUGUGUGGCAUGGUGUGGUUGGUGGACCUACCGUCUUAUCUUGAAGAAUCGAGAGAAGAAGAAGAAUGCUAUGAGAGAGGCGAGUACAGUUGACGUGCAGGUAGUAUUCAGUGACCGGUCGCCCGAAUUCAAGUAUGUAUUUUAG